AAAAAAUAGAGCAUAAAGAGGUUCCUCUCCCCGGUUCUUAAUUUUCUAGAGAGAGAAUUUGAGAAUUCCAUUUUUUUAGAGAGAGAAAGAAAAGGGGGCAAAAAAUUUGUCAUCAUUCAUCAUUCAUUGAUCAAGGCUUCUUCAAUCGGCGAAAACCAUGAUCACGGUGGAAUGAUGGAAUGUGAAUUGAAGAGGAUUGUUAUGGCGAUGAUGCGAUCUCCGAUUCUGUGAUUGAGAUUUGGAAGCUCGGAUUUCUCUUCUCGAAGCUCGGAUUCCAUUUUUUAGUUAUUUUUUCUGGGAUUAAUCUUCGGACAAAAUGAACGGCGGUGAUGCCGCCACCUCCCAAGGAAGCGGGCCGCCUCCGCCAUUGGAGUGGAGAUUCUCUCAGGUCUUCGGCGAGCGAACCGCCGGAGAAGAAGUUCAGGAAGUUGAUAUAAUUUCAGCCAUUGAAUUCAAUAAAAGUGGAGAUCACCUUGCAACUGGUGAUCGUGGGGGCCGAGUGGUUCUUUUUGAGAGGACAGAUGCGAAAGAUCAUGGCGGAUCCAGAAGGGAUCUUGAGAGAGCUGAUUAUGCUGUUAAACAUCCUGAGUUUCGAUAUAAAACAGAGUUCCAGAGUCACGAACCCGAGUUUGACUAUCUCAAGAGUUUGGAGAUAGAAGAGAAAAUCAACAAAAUCAGAUGGUGUCAGCCAGCAAAUGGCGCAUUGUUUCUUCUUUCGACAAAUGAUAAGACGAUAAAAUUCUGGAAGGUCCAAGAGAAGAAGAUCAAGAAAGUUUGUGAUAUGAAUGUCGAUCCAUCUAAGGCUGUAGGAAAUGGCUGUCUAACAAGUUCAAGUAGCCCAUCCCAGUCCGUUGCUAAUGGACUCUAUGCGGAUGGAACACAUAAUUACCUGAGCAAUGACUUUUCUUUCCCUCCAGGAGGAUUUCCGUCUCUGCAUUUGCCUGUGGUAGUAACUAGCCAGGAAGCCAGCAUUGUGGCUAGAUGCCGAAGAGUUUAUACUCAUGCUCAUGAUUAUCAUAUCAAUUCGAUCUCAAACAGCAGUGAUGGAGAAACAUUUAUUUCAGCGGAUGAUCUGCGAGUAAAUCUCUGGAAUUUGGGAAUCAGCAACCAGAGCUUCAAUAUUGUUGAUGUUAAACCUGCAAACAUGGAGGACCUGACUGAGGUUAUCACGUCAGCCGAGUUCCAUCCUAUCCAUUGUAAUGUGCUUGCUUAUAGCAGUUCUAAAGGAUCCAUUCGUCUUAUUGAUCUGCGGCAAUCAGCUUUGUGUGAUACUCAUUCCAAAUUAUUUGAAGAGCCAGAAGCACCUGGUUCAAGAUCAUUUUUCACAGAGAUAAUUGCCUCCAUCUCAGAUAUUAAAUUCUCAAAGGAUGGACGAUACAUACUAAGUCGUGAUUACAUGACGCUCAAGCUGUGGGACAUAAAUAUGGACUCGGGUCCUGUUGCAACCUACCAGGUUCAUGAACACUUGAGACCAAAGCUCUGUGAUUUAUAUGAAAAUGACUCAAUCUUUGAUAAAUUUGAGUGUUGCCUAAGUGGUGAUGGAUCGCGGGUAGCAACGGGUUCUUACAGCAAUUUAUUCCGUGUAUUUGGAGUUGCUCCUGGAAUUACUGAAGCCACAACGUUGGAAGCCAGCAAAAACCCGAUGAGGAGGCAGGUUCAAACACCUUCAAGACCUUCAAGAUCCCUCAGCAGUAUAACACGCGUAGUGAGACGGGGAUCAGAGAGCCCUGGGUCGGAUGGAAACGGGAAUUCGUUCGAUUUCACGACGAAGCUGCUGCAUUUGGCCUGGCACCCGACAGAGAAUUCCGUCGCCUGUGCUGCUGCAAACAGCUUGUACAUGUACUACGCAUGAGGUGAAGAACCCCAAAGUGAAGCUACACAUUUCGUGCAUCAACCAAACUACGUACGGACGGGGCGGGAUGUACGGUGCACUCUUUCUAAGUCCUGUAACCAGAAGAUGUUGUAAGAGAAGAGGUUGUCCCGGUGACCAGAGAAGAAAGCCAUGACUGUCCAAACCGUGAUCCAACGAGGACAGUGGUUCACCUUUCCCCCGAUGAGGCAAGAUUCGUCCGCUCCCCCCCCCC